AGCAAAGAGAAGAAAAGUGGCAAUCCAGUCUAUUCUCUCCAAGCGAAUGACCGUGCUGUUGUGACCGAGCAGUUUCUCUGUUUGAUUGUCCCUUGGCAAAUUCCCCAGGCAGCAUAAAAGGCCUGCCUGGCUGCUGAUACAGCAAUAGAGUCCUCUGGGCCUCUGUAAUCCUCUUGCUCCGUUGGAUGCACACCUGUAUCCAGGAAUCACAGGAUGGACCAGUGCCAUGACACACACCUUCACCCUUCUGCUUACUUUGCUGGGUGUCCAGUUUGUGACUACAACCUUCAAAAUCUGUGCUUUCAACAUACGCAGCUUUGGGAGAGCGAAGGCAGCCAACCAGAAGGUCAUGGGAGCACUUGUCCAGAUCCUUUCUCGCUGUGACAUCUCUGCUGUUCAAGAAGUGCGUGACUCCAGAGGAUCAGCUAUUCAGGUGCUGUUGCGGGAGCUGAACAGGUAUGAUCAUUCUCAUCAUUAUAGCCGCCUGGAGAGCAAGAGGCUUGGGCGAGGCAGCUACAAGGAACAGAAUGUCUUUGUGUAUCGAAUGGAUGUUGUAUCUGUUACUGAUUGGCGCCAAUUUGAGGAUGGAGAUGCUGGAAACUCCACAGCCUUUGUUAGGGGCCCAUUUGCUGCUCGCUUCCACUCUUCAUAUACAGCCAUCAUGGAUUUUGUGCUAAUAGUACAUCAUGCAAGUCCCCGCGAAGCUGUCCAUGAACUUGACUUGCUGUUUGGUGUGUGCAACAAACUGAUGGAGCAGUGGAAAACUCAGAACGUGAUGGUGCUGGGAGACCUGAAUGCUGCUGGGGCCUACAUCCCACCGAACGCUUGGGCUGGGAUCUGCCUGCGAAGCGACCUUGCUUUCCACUGGCUCAUUGGUGACACAGAAGACACCACAGUCAGCCACCGGUCCUGCUGUGCCUAUGACAGGAUCAUAGUCCAUGGGGAAGAGUUCCUUGGUGCUGUUGUGCCCAGAUCAGCCAAGCCUUUCAAUUUCACACAAGCACUUGGAUUAUCUGAAGAAGAGGCCUUAGAAAUCAGUGACCACUAUCCUGUAGAGGUGAACCUGCAGCUUAGCCCCAAGGCCCAGCGAGAACUCUGAAUUUUUGGCUGUCCUCCUGUUCCUUGAGAUGGAGUGAAGCAAAGGGACUGAGCUGAAGCACAAUCAAUCCCAGGAUAUUUCACUGACAUCGCUGAAUACCUCUUUGCAAUUUUUGAUUUAAUAUAACUCUAUGGCUUUCUUUCAACAAUUAUAUCUGCAGCGUUUCUAUUCUGACAUUCAUAAAUGUGCACAAUGAGUUCCAUGUUUUGUUCUAUUCCUAAACACAAGUGCUCAUUCUGGAUUUAAGACACAUUUAAUCCAACGUGCUCAUUCACAAAUGCUGAUUUACACUAUCUAAUUAUAGAUUUUUAAAACUCCAACUUUAGCUUAAAACAUGCUUUCAAAUUUGCCAAUUUUAAUGGUUGGUGCAAUCCCUAUUCUGUUUGUAAAGGGACAAACCACCCUGUCUCUUAUCUCACUUUGGAAUCCCAUUCAAAAGUUUGUACAGUAUGAUGUGGAGGGUCACAUAUUCUCUCCUGUGAUUUAAAUCUAUUAACAAUUGCCUGAGAAUCUUUUUUGCAAGUACAACAUGGCAUGUUCUGAAAGAAAGACCAACAGAUCUCCCUUGUGCACUGCCUUUAUCAGUCAAUGAAAAUGAACAUAAGAAUGUAAGCAUCUGAGUUCUCCAGAACUAUUUCAUGUGGCUAAACAAUACAAACAUCUGUGGAUGGGGGAACUGGAACUAAAUUUAAUCUCUCAUCCAUUAAUUUAGCCCAAUUUUUUCUUCUAGGCCCAAAUUCUUCUAUGUCCAACUUUUUUGUCUGACGAGAGUUCUAAGAACUUGAAAAUUUGCAUUUCAGACAGUGGUAAUAAAGGUAUU